AUGAAAAAUUCUUCAUUCUCUCUCUCUCUCUCUUUUGUUUCUAUCUCUAUUUAUUACUGUCACUUUCUUUCUAUCUAUCUAUCUAUCUAUCUAUCUAUCUAUCUUAGACUGUUUUCUAUCACUCUUUCUCAGUCUCUGUCUAUCUCACUCAGCUGGUUUCUAUCUAUCUAUCUAUCUAUCUAUCUAUCUAUCUAUCUAUCUAUCUAUCUAUCUAUCUAUUUUGCCCAGUUUGUAUCUAUCUCUCUUCCUCUCUCUCUGUUUCUGUCACUCUCAACUGAUUCUUAUUUCUGGAAUAUUCUUGUGUUUCUGAUAAUCAAAAUCAGUUCUUGCAUUCAUUUUGUUUUCUUUUUUCACCAAUUUAGAAACUUCUCCCUCAAUGAAAAUCACAGAACCAAUAUGAUUGCUUACGUUCUUGUGAUUUUCUUUCGGUACCUAUUUUGUUCUUUAAAUUCAUUUUCAUUUCCUUUCUGUUGA